GAGAGAGAAGGAAAGAAGCUUCGUCGAUAAAGCAUAAGAGAGGAGCGUUUCCCUUUUCCUUCACGUCUGAUUCUUUCUUAUUUAGGGUUUGAGUCUUCCCGCUUCCCAAAUUCCUUCUCUCUUUUUUCCCUUGUUUUUUUCCAUUUUAUUUUUGUAAUUUUUUAUAAUCUUUCGAAGCUCGAUCGAAAUCCAAAACUCAUCGAAUAUCAUCUGAAAUUCUCGUGAUAGGAGAAGGAAAGGAGGAGCCGUCGAUCAUUCCGAAAAACCCUUGAGCGCAAAAAGCACCUUCAGAGAGAGAGAGAGAGAGGAUGGGUUCGGAGGAUAGCUGGAAUCAACUCAAGGACUGCGAGCCGCCGGAGAAUCACCGGCUCUGCGUCAACGGCUGUGGCUUCUUCGGCAGCGCGGCGACUCUCAACCUCUGCUCCAAAUGCUACAGGGACCUCCGCUCCAAAGAAGAACAAUCCGCCUCCGCCAAAGCCGCCGUCGAGAAAUCCCUUACCACCGUCGUUAAAAAGACGAAUCUGCCCUCGACCUCUCAAGAUCCCAUCUCCUCACCGUCCUCCGUCGCUUCUCCUCCCUCAACCUGCACCUCUUCUUCGGCCGUUUCAGGUGUCGUAGUAUCGGUACCUGCCCCGCAACCCGAGUCGGGCGCGAAGAGCAGGUGCUCGAACUGCAAGAAGCGCGUGGGGCUGACGGGGUUCAAGUGCAGGUGCGGGAGCACCUUUUGCGGUGCUCACAGGUACCCGGAGGAGCACGGAUGCAGUUUCGAUUUCAAGGCCGCUGGGCGCGACGCCAUCGCCCGCUCCAAUCCCCUCGUGAAGGCGGACAAGGUGCAGAGGAUUUGAGGGAAGGGAGGGCGUUUUCGUCAUUUGUGAAAAACAUGAUGGAGGGGCUGGUUUGUAAUUUAGUCGUUGUUGUGAGCGUAAAAAGGAAACUGUAUUUUGUGAGGGGAAUGGGAUGGUUGUUGGGAAAGACAGGCUGGCUUGGGAAAUACGGUUAAAUAAAAAAAUUAUUAAAAAAAAAAA